UGGUCCUGGGCAGAUGGCGGACAUGCCACCGCUGUUACGCAGGAAAUGGACCGGUCCCAUUCCUCUUUGUCGUCGAGUCCCUGUCGACGCUGUUGUGUCUCGCGACGGUCCCACAAUUUUUUGGCGAGCGGUGGACAUUUAAAUCAGGAAAGGGUGGGAGGUGAAAAAAAAAAAACACAAAACACAAAAUUCCACGAACAGAAUGCAGGGAGCAACUAGGGACGCCCCACACGAGCGCGCAGUCUGUCAACAACGCGCCUCCUCUGCAUGAGGCAUGCAAUUGAACGGGACGUUGGCCAUUACGAUCAACGCCGACAGCAUAGCCAGGAUAGCAAUGCAGCGCACGCCGUCCAUCACCCGCACUCUGGCCCGAGGUGUGCAUCGACUCCAGCCGACCCGGUUUGGAGGCAGGGCGUUGACGAUGAUCGGUGCCGGUCUUGCUGCGAGGCACUGGAUUGUGGGAUCUGCCGAAUAUGUUCGUGAAUCGGCGUCGUUGAGGGCGCACCUUGGAGGCGGGAAAUAUUGUUCACGUGUGUCGUGUGAACCCUGUGGUGAGGCGAUCGGCUUGGACGGGCGUUCAGUUGUUGUCAGGCAUCUGCCAGUCACUCCUUCCUCUCUCCUGUCCUCCAGUUCCUUACCGAGCCAUUCUGCGUCCACGCCAGUCGACACCUACACGUCCUGGGGAGCUUGCGGGCGAGUGGGGAGCCGUUCGACGUCUGCAGCGGCUCGCGGAAAGGGAGGGGACGCAGGACACUGGCGGCCAAUGUGGGGAGGGUUGUUCAUCUCUGCACCGCUAGGGCAAGGAGGCAUGACAAGCUUGGUGCACAGGCUGCAGUUUCCUUUGGGCAUUGUUGAUAACCCUACUGUUGCUUUUGGUUGUCGAGGCCAUCGCCGUUCUCUUUUGCGCUGUCUUGCUGCUACUCACGGUGGUGUUGUGGGUUCUCAUCUUCCCGAGGUUUGCAGCAAGUGGAGAAACUGUGGCGAUGUGCCUGCCGCAGCGGUGCUCCAACAUCCAUCUCCAUCUGCCUCCGUCACGGGAGUGGGGGAAGGCACAUGGUCGACUGCGCACAGACGUGGGCGUCCGCCUGACGCAGCAUCCACAUCAACACCAGUCGGAGGCUGCGCGGAUGGGAGCACUGUCAUGCAUAACACAAAUGCAGGAGGCGGCGGCUCACGGGCCGGUGUGCAAGCUCCUCCGGCGCAAAAACAAGUUCAAUGGUUUGUGGAGGAGUGCUUGGCUCUUGAUAGGAUCCAGCGUGAAGACGACGCUCUUAUGGCGGAUGCGUCUAGUGUGCACAAGCACAUGAAGCAUGGCGAGAGACGGGAAUGGAUCGCCCGUCGGAUGAGGGACGAGGGCUGGAAUCGAUCUACGAAAGACUGCAGGAAGAAGUGGUUUGCGCUAGGGCAGAAAUUGAAGCUGCUCGCAGACAAGGUCGGUCAGUCCGGAAAGUCGGGAUACUUUGACAUCAUGAUGACAGUGGAAGAGAGGGAGGCAGAAGGGUUGUAUGCAAACUUUGAUAGGCGGUUAUGGGCGAAGAUGGAUGGGAUUUUGCAAAAGGCUUAGCCGUCAGAGACCUGUGACAACACGCUGCACACCGACU